GUUUAAAUUUAAAAAUGAUCAUAACCUCUGAACAGCUGAAUCUGUAAAUAACAUCUCAACAUUCUAUACUCCUUAAAAAUGAGUACACCUAAUAAAUUAUGGGGAGAAAUCGAAGAUCCAAAAUCAAAUUACGUGCCCGACGUUACGGCCGACAUCGAACGCUCCAUGAACAAUUUCUGUUUGUCAGAGUUUGACUCAGACAAUGAAGAUGAUGACCAUCGCGUCGAGCACAUAACUUUAAAUUCAAUGGACCCCAUAAUGAUGUAUGCCAUUACACUGCACAAGUUUGCUGCAGAGAUGACUGAACAGAUCCAACUAGCUGAGCUAACCAUUGAUUCCAAUCUGACAAUUCUACAAUCAGAAGAAGGCACACCAAAAAUACCUGAACCACCAGAGAUCUACUACAAACAUGUGCCAAACAAUCUGAAUUUUAUUCCUAAGGUUAAAACAGAUUUUACUGAGGGUAAACCGGUAAAUCAUCCAGAACUAAGUCAUGCAGUUGCCAAAUCUGUUUUAAUGCAAUCUGUAGCUACCAUGUUUGCUCAUAUUGGAUAUGAAACCACACACAAUGACGUUUUACUGUUGAUGACAGAAGUUCUGGAAGAUUUUCUUAGGAAAAUCAGCUACAAAAUGAAAGUUGCACAUGACUUGCACAAGGAAACACAUGAACCUGGAAAGGAAUUCCCAGAUUAUGCAGAAGGAGUUCUAACAGAAAUUGGUUUAGGAUAUCAAGGAAUACACGAUUAUUACCAAAACAGAGUGUUGAAGUACACCACAGUGCUGCACAAACGUUGUCAGGAGCUCGUCGAUUGUUAUCAGAAAUUGCUACAGCCGAAGCAAGAAGAAGAAGAUGAAAGCAUUGAUGAGAACAACCAAUACGUUGGUAUCAUUAAAGAAGAAGAGGAGGAAGUCAUCGAGGUGCAAAUGCAUCCGAAUGUCGAAGGCAAAGCAGGCUACGCUUCUCUUCAAGAAGGCUUUCAAUUACUACACACUCUGGAAGACAAAUUUGGAGAAGUCUCAGAAGACGGAACAAGCACUCUACCGAUUUUGACAACGGCAGUUGUUGGCGAUACCUUCGCCAAGCUCGGUUCUUCAUCUUUCAACACGAAAAAACGAAGCAAAUAAACAUUAUAUAGAAUAAGGCACGUAUAAUUUAUUCCGUGGUAGCGUCUUCUUCGAUUAAUAUAAUGACUAUAUUCAUAAAAAUAUACUCUAUGAAAUUUAUCAAGUGUAAAUUUCCUUCUCAAUGAAUAAAAUGCAUAAAAAAUUCAA